UUCAUUCUGCAUUUCAAUCUUUAAGAAUGGCACAUAAUAUGCCCUCUCUAAGCGAAGCUCAAUUUUCUCCUGCUGAAGAACGUGUGGAGUUAAGUCCGCCAGAAUUGAAUGAUGACGAAGUUAAGGAGUUUCGAAAUCUAGUAAUGCAACACAAAUGGAAAGAUGUAAUUGAGAAAUACAGACAAAGUAUUGACUAUCACAUCAUAAAUAUUAUCGGAAGAGGAACAGCAUUACACAUGGCAGUAAACAUGGCAGUAAACAAUGAAAACAAAAAGGUGGUGAAAGAUCUUGUAAAAGCAAUAAUAGCACUUCAUAAUGAAGAGAGUUUGAAAAUACAGAAUGAAAGAGGUGCCACUCCUCUUCACCUUGCAGCAUAUAAAGGGUUCACUGAUUUAUGUGAAGUUAUAAUUGGAAAAAAAGGUGAAAGGAUAGAAUUGAUUAAAGAGGAAAAUGGUGAUGGAGAAACUCCACUUUUUUGGGCUGUCCUUGGACAUAAAAAAUUAGUGUUUGUUUACCUACAACAGUUUCAUCCACUUGAUCUCAAUAUUGUUAUCAAUAAAAAUAAAACUAGCAUCCUUCAUGUUGCCAUUCAGAGAGAAAUGUUUGAUUUGGCAAAUAUAAUAAUGUAUUUCUACCAAAAACUUAUCGCUAUGAAGGACAAAUAUGGCACCCUUCCUCUAGAAAUUCUUGCUACUAGGUCAUCAGUCUUCCAGGCUAGAUAUAAGCUAUCAUGGUGGAAGAAAAUUUUAUAUUACUGUUUUCCUGUAAGCCUCGACGAUGCAAAAAUUACGAUGAAAUUGUAUCCACGGGAGAAUGUAGCUCAAGAAAACACAAAGAAUGAGGGAGAAAGGCAUUGUUAUUUAAAUAUGCCUUUUUACACUGUUGAAGACUUAGAAGAAGCAUACAAAAUACCAAAUUCUCAAGACUCUUUAUUUGGAUGGUCAAUCCCGUCACUAUUUCACUUUGAGGAAAUAAAGAUUAUUAAGAAGAAACUCAUUUAUGGUAAUAAGCUCUUGCAUGAAUUUAUGAAAAUACCUAUUGAUUCAUACGUGGGUGGUGAGGAUGAUCCGCUAAUUUUCACAGAAGAUGAUCGCGAAGAGUUUCAAAUAAUCCGAGAGAGACUCUUAGGAGAUGAUACCUCAAUGCAAGAGACACCAGAAAAUGAAAAAAUGGAAAAUUCACAAAAUAAUGAUAGACAAGAUACAACAUUUUCGACAUUAGCAAUUACAUAUGAUAAGAAAGUGAAAAGUGAUGUAAUGGACAGAGCAUAUUUGAUUGCAGCAUGUCAUGGAAUAGUUGACAUGAUGAUUGUGCUUGAAUCAAAUAUUACUAGUGUGAUCGAUGACACUAACUCAAAAAAUGAAAAUGCAUUGCUAUUGGCAGUAAAGAAUAGGCAACCGCAUGUUAUUCAACAUUUCCUGGAGAGAUCACCUAAAGGAGUAUUUGAUAACCUAAGUCAACAAAUUGAUAAAAGUGAAAAUACCAUGUUACACUUGGCAGCAUAUACCUCACCCGGGGGAGAAAAUAUUUGGAGGAUAUCUGGUGUUGCCAUGCAAUUGAUGUUGGACAUUAAGUGGUAUAAGUACAUAAAAGGAAUAGUACCAAAGCAUUUCCAAAAUAGAGGUAACAAAGAAGGAAAAACCCCGAGUGAGAUAUUUAAGGAAAACCACCAAGAAAUUCUAAAAAGAAGUGUUGAAUGGUUGAAAGGUACAUCAGAGUCAUGCUCUGUUGUAGCAGCUCUCAUUGUCGGUGUUUCCUUUGCGACAUCAGGCAGUGUACCUGGUGGCUAUCAGCAAACAGGAGAACCAAUAUUACAAGGACAACCUGCAUUUGAAGGAUUCUCUAUAUCUUCAUUAAUUGGACUUUACUUCUCUGGAAUAUCACUCAUCAUGUUCCUUUCUAUACUCACUUUUCGAAAAGAAAUUGAAGAUUUUCGUAUAAAAUUGCCAAUAAAGCUUUUUUUUGGCUUGAGUUCUCUCUUUGUAUCCAUUGUUGCUAUGUUUGUUUCUUUUUGUUCCGGACAUUUCUUUGUGCUUACAGAUAAAUAUCCAAAGGGGGGUAUCUUGUUCUAUUUAUAUAUUUUAAUUUGCUUGCCCGUCGUAUUCUACGCAGCUGUUGAGUUUCUGUUAUUCAAUGAUCUUGUUACUGUUAUUUUGAAGAAGGUUCCACCACCAAGUGUUAAGGGUGUUCAUCUAUAGAAGUGUUUGUUAUUUUGUUUUUCUAUGUGAAUUGAUACU